CAUUCAUUCAUUCAUUCGUUGGGCAGAAAUUGCUGGUCCUUCUGUGAGCGUAUUAGCUGAAGGUGCCUAAUCCGCUUUAGGGAUCAACUUGGCGGCGACAUUGGAGGGUUUACAAGAAGUAUCCGAUAUGUCUCCGAACUUGCCUACUGUAAGCUUCUGGUCAGUCUGCUCAGCCAUGGUCAAGCAAGCUAUAAAUAUGGCUCUCUACGUCCACCUUCCUCCUCACUCGUAGCCAUCCCAAGAUCUUUUCCCAAUAGCAAUUGAUCAUAUAAAUCAUUUAUAAAUACCUAUACUCUGAUACCUAAGCCGAAUCUCUACCUAGACAUGGCAGAGCACACAGAGAGGAACCGUCAGUACUUUGACAAGCUGGCCAAGUCCUACACCAGCGACUUCAAAAGUAUCCUGGAAUCCAUUUGCAGACUGGUGGACAGUCACCGUCCUUGGAUCAAUGAUGCAUGGAUCGACACUGAGGCUGGAAAGGGGAAAGAUAUCAAGAUGUUAGAGUAUGCAUGUGGGACUGGGCCUGUUUCUUUGACGUUGGCACCUUAUGUCUCGAAGAUCGUUGGACUUGACGUUUCGGAUAAUAUGAUUAGCGAGUACAACAACAAUGCCAAAGAAGCGGGCUAUGAAGACAAGAUGGUCGCACUCAAGGGUGACCUUUUGGCUGAGUCUGCUCCGGCAGAGCUCUCAGGGCCCGAGUACUUUGGCUUUGAUCUCGUGGUUGUCAGCAUGGCCCUUCACCACUUCGAGAGACCAGAGUUAGCCAUGGCCCGCUUUGGAGAGCGUCUGAAGAAAGGUGGUGUGUGCGUAAUUGUCGACAUUGUGCCAGACGAUCACCACCAUGGCCAUUGUCACAAUGUUGAGCAUGGCUUUGGCGAUGCUGCGCAUACGGUCAAAAGCCACGGCUUCACCAUGGAUCAAAUGAAGCAGCUGUACGAAGAAGCAGGACUUGGGACGGGCUUCAAAUAUGAUAUUUCGAAGGAGCAGGUUGUAUUCCGCAAGGAUGGGAAAGAGCAUCUGAAGACCAUAUUCAUUGCUCGUGGGCAGCGUGCGUGAUAGCAAAGGAAUAGGUUGCUUAUGCUUUGGUGAUUAGCUUAUAAAUGCGAUAUGACAAGCCUCAUGUCCGUUCAGCAGUAAUGCGAUGUUCAUAGUCCACAGGUUCUGCAGCAAUUGACUUUGUAGUUCUUGGUUGUUAGUGGUAGGUUCAUUUGGAUCUCGACAUGACGAUGAUGAGCGCCUAGCAACCAAUCAGAGGCUUCGAAUAGUCAGACGCGAUCCGGUGUGAAAUGCAGUGACGGCCAUAACCACGCCUCCAUAGCUAGAUGUGUAUGUAGAUUUUGAUGGCUG